AUGCCACCAAAAAAGAAGGGAGAUGAAGAGAAACCGCCGCUGCUUCUUGGCCGUAUGGGAACAAACUUAAAGGUGUAUUAAUUGUGUUGUAUUAAUUUUCUGUUUUAGAUGGGUAUCCUAGGAUUGCCAAACGUCGGAAAAAGCACGUUUUUCAACGUGCUUACUAAGAGUGAAGCUCAAGCGGAAAACUUUCCUUUCUGCACCAUCGACCCGAAUGAGGCGCGUGUAGCUGUUGCAGAUGAACGUUUCGACUGGUUAUUAGCCAACUGGAAGCCGCUGAGUCGAGUUCCCGCGUUUUUGAACGUGACUGACAUCGCCGGGUUAGUGAAAGGUGCAUCCGAAGGACAAGGUCUUGGGAAUGCCUUCCUUUCCCAUGUUAGUGCUUGCGACGCUCUCUUUCACGUCUGCCGUGGAUUUGACGACACCGACGUGACUCAUGUUGAGGGAGAAGUUGAUCCUGUUCGGGAUUUAGAAAUAAUCAACAAUGAACUCAUUUUAAAGGACCUCUCUUAUCUUGAGUCGGCUCUGGAGAAGUCCGAGAAACUUGCCAUUCGUGGAGGAGACAAAACUAAAAAGCCCGAAUAUGAAUGUCUGCAGAAAGUGAAGGAGUUAUUAGACGGCCAGAAAUUCGUUCGUCAUCAAGUAUGGAACGAGAAAGAAAUUGAAAUUUUAAACAAGCAUUUGUUCUUGACUGCUAAACCAAUCGUCUACUUAGUUAACUUGAGUGAACAAGACUAUAUUCGCAAGGUAAGCAUAUAGGCUUUAAUCGAAUUUUUUCGUUUUAGAAGAAUAAGUACUUGGCAAAGAUCAAGGCUUGGAUUGACGAAAACGAUCCUGGGGCUACUUUGAUUCCAUUCAGUGGAGCCUUCGAAUUGAAGUUGGUGGAGAUGGAUGAAGACCAAAGGGCUGACUAUGAAAAACUCGUCGGGGCCACUAGUGCUUUGGAUAAAAUUGUCAAGACUGGGUACAAAGCUCUUCAACUAGAAUACUUCUUUACUUGUGGGAAGGAUGAAGUCAGAGCCUGGACAAUUCAGGUAUUGUUGUGUUAGCGGAUAUAACAUAUAUUAGAAAGGAACGAAGGCCCCACAGGCUGCUGGUCGUAUCCAUACUGACUUUGAGAAAGGAUUUAUUAUGGCAGAAGUGAUGAAAUUCGAUGAUUUGAAAGAAGCUGGAAGUGAACAAGCCGUCAAGAGUGCUGGAAAGUACAGACAGCAAGGUCGUAACUACACCGUCGAGGAUGGAGACAUUAUUUUCUUCAAAUUCAACGCUGGCGCUGGCCUUACAGGAAAGAAAAAGUAG